UGACCUUGACAACCGGGAAGGAGAUACAACAGGAGGUGCAGUUACUGAUAUAGCCAAGGUGGGACGCUGCUGGAGGGAGCUAGAAGGGAUCAGCCAGCCAUGCCUCCAGUUCAGAGAGAUAACCAACUGGCUGGCAAAGUAACAAAUGAAAAGUAACCUGACUCUAUUGACCCGCUUAACCCUGCACAGGGGGAAGGAUGGAAAUGAGCAGCUGUUUGCUUUGAAACAGUGGAACAGUUUUGCAGCCUUAGAAAAUGGCAUGUAACGUACCUAACCAAAGACAGCGGACUCUGUCAACAACAGGAGAAGCUCUAUACGAAAUUCUUGGUCUGCGUAAGGGAGCAUCAAAUGAAGAAAUUAAGAAAACCUACAGAAAAUUGGCCCUGAAACACCAUCCAGACAAGAAUCCAGAUGAUCCAGCUGCUACUGAGAAGUUUAAAGAAAUCAACAACGCCCACGCAAUACUUACUGACAUCUCAAAGAGAAGCAUAUACGACAAGUACGGAUCGCUGGGACUCUACGUAGCCGAGCAGUUUGGAGACGAAAAUGUUAACACCUACUUCAUGCUGUCGAGCUGGUGGGCAAAGGCCCUGUUUGUCAUCGUUGGCCUCUUGACAGGCUGCUAUUUUUGCUGCUGCCUGUGCUGCUGCUGCAACUGCUGCUGUGGGCAUUGCCGGCCCAAGUCAUCAGUGCCAGAAGAGGACUUCUACAUGUCCCCAGAGGAUCUGGAGGCACAGAUCAAAUCCGACAUGGAAAAAGAUGUGGACUUUCCAGUUUUUCUCCAGCCUACAAAUGCAAAUGAGAAAACACAGCUAAUCAAAGAAGGAUCUCGAAGUUAUUGCACAGACUCUUGAUAUUGAGCCCUCUGAGAGUCCACAGUCCCUCCUCUCAGUUCAGUCUUGUUUCCAGAUGGUCGUAGGGGAGCGUGUGGGGCAUAAAGUGCUGUGAACUUUUCCAUCUUGGUAUUUUAUUUUUGGGUUAGGAAAACAUGAUUGCUAUAUAAUUUUCUCAGUUUGCAGACUUUCUCUCUGAGUAGAAUUUCUUAUGAAACACAUUCAAUUUGGGUGAAUAAAGGCCUGAAGAGUUA